ACCAUUCCUGAAAUUUGAACGUUCGCUCAUUUUCCAAAAUUCAAUUUCGAAUUUCCCGCCGCCGCCGCCGCCGCCGCCGCCGCCCUGAUCUUCGAUUCGAUAGCCGGUAACGACGAGAAAGAGAAAGAGAAAGAGAGAGAGAGACAGACACAGAGAGAGUGAGUGAGUGGUAACCUGGGAACUCGGAACAAACGAACGACGAUCGAUUUGCACCGUGGGACACGCGACUUCAGGCGUGUUGUAGCUGGGGAGGGGGAAAGGAGAAAAGGGGUUUCGCAUCGGCUGGAUGCAGACGUCGUGCGGUUUGGAUUUUUUUACCUGGGGCGAAGAAUAAUAAUGACGUGUUCGCCGGAGGUGGUGUUUCAGUGACAGGUUUGCUCUGCGUCGUCGAUUCCGCAAACGGGAUGAUUGUGAAUGAGAAACGACGAGAGAAAGUAUCAACAAUAACAACAUAUAAAUAAAAACCAAGAGAAAACCCCUGCACCGUAUAAACAAGAUUCACGCACAAAAGAAAUUUAAAAAAAAAAGAAAAAAAAAAGGAACCUACUGCAAUUAUUACAUAUCGAUAUGAAAUAUAUCGUAGAAUGUCGGCAGCAACGGCGGUCGGCUUGUUUUUACACCGCUUCGCGAUUUCGAAUAAACUGCAGCACUUCUGCCGUUCCUAUUGUUGUUACAGUUUCAACGAUCCACCGAAACAAUAACGAAUCGCUUCUCGAAUCGAGUGAAUGUACUUGAUUUUUUUUUUUUUUAUUUUGUAUUAUUACUCUUAUUCAAUACCGCUUCGUUUCUUUCACCGCACGUAUAUAUACGUACAUGUUACAUACAAUUCCACCGCCAUGUACAUGUUUGUAAAUAUACGAGGUCGGGCAUUGCAGUUCACUAUUCUCGGACUAUUUUGCCUCUCGGUUUUUGCUUACUAUUACACCGCUACCAACGAAAUUCAUCAGAUGGCCGUGCUGAUUACCAGCAGUCAGUCGUCAGGAAUCAUGGUCCGAUCGAUACUGAAUGCAAGCGGCGAAUCGCAAGGAACACUGUCGGUGAAGAAUGCAACAGUUGAGUCACCGUCGCUCAACGCCUCUUCGCACGAUGCCAGCAACUAUCAGCAAAUGACGACACCUUCGUCGUUGGUCAGCUCGCAAUCUUCGAUGAUAUUAAACGUAUCGAAGAGCAUCGAGCAGUCGCCGGUCAAGAAGCCAGCGAAAAGUCAAAAUACCAGUGAAAGCGCUACGCCGGUGGUCAGGAAUGAUUCAGCGGCUGCCAUUUACCAGCCUGGCCACUCGGUGUCGAUACCAGAAAAGUGUCCAAACUUAGGUGCCAAAAUGGAAGUGGUGAUCCUUGUAAUGUCAGCACCGACACACUUCGCAGCGAGAACAGCGAUACGCCAAACCUGGGGCCACUUUGGCCAGAGAAAAGAUGUGAGCGUAAUGUUCAUGCUGGGCGAUACGACUGACAAACAGAUAAGUACAGUAUUGUUGAGGGAAGAAGACAUGUACAGAGACGUGAUUAGAGGGAACUUCAUCGACUCGUACUCAAACCUGACGCUGAAAACUAUAUCGGCGCUCGAAUGGGUCCAAGAAUACUGCGGUAAGGUGAAAUUUUUCCUGAAGACUGACGACGACAUGUUCAUAAACGUGCCACGGCUAUUGUCGUUUGUGAACAAACACUCAAAGAGUAGAAACGUGAUAUUCGGUCGUUUGGCUCGGAGGUGGAAACCGAUCAGGAACAAGAAGAGCAAGUACUACGUAUCUCACUCCCAGUACAAGUCGGAAAGAUUUCCAGACUUCACGACUGGUCCUGCGUACCUUUUGUCGAGCGACGUAGUUCCCAAGCUUUACGUCGAAUCCUUGAAGCAGACUUAUCUGAAACUGGAGGACGUAUUCACCACAGGUAUCGUCGCCCACAAACUGGGCAUAAAACGAUAUCAAGCCAAUGAAUUUUUUAACAAAAGAAUUCCCUUCAAUCCUUGUAACAUACAACGUAGCGUCAGCAUUCACAUGGUUAAAUACAGCGAACAGUUCGACCUGUGGAAAAAGUUACUCGAUGGUAAAAGCAAGUGCAAGUAGUAAACGAGAUGAAAUACGUAAUAUAAAGUGGAUAUCGGCUUCUAUGCGGGUAGAAACACCCGCUACUGACCAGGAAUUUAAUAUAAUAAUUAAGUAGUCCAGUCAGCUUCAAAUAUAUAUACAUAUAUUAUAUACAAUAUAUGCAUAACUUUGCACACUAGCUAAUUUGGGACAAGGAUUAGUCAUUUUAAUACUCCCAACCACAAGUAUUAUAUAGAUUUAUAAUAACUGCAGAAUUGCAUGUUGCAGUUUUAUUACUGCCGGUAACUUUUGUCUAUUAUAAUUAUCAUCGUUAUUACGAUCAGCAACUUUUUUUCUUCUCAUUUUCAACACAUGGUCACUUUGUUCCUUGUAACGAAAUACUCUGUAUACUUAUAAUUGCUUAUAAUUUUAUAAUUGCAUGUCAAGUUCUUAACUAUCGUCACGUACCUAUACAACUAUAUCGUUACAUAUUUAUAAGUCUCUUUCACUAGACUGUCAAUACAGGAUAUUCAAAUAUUGCUCGAUAAUCAUUUCAAAUUUCAAAUUUGAGACAAGCAUGAAAUACUUUCAUUUCUGUAUUUUACCAUUUCGUUCUUCCGUCACUUUUACCCAUUUAUUUAUUAUCUUCUUGAGAGUUGGAAGACUUGAGACAAAAAAAUACUUUAAAAAACCAACGACAAAUAUAACAUUUUACCAACUUUUUUUUUGGUAACUAUAUGUAUAUUACGCGUGUUACGGAAAUUUAUUUUCACGGUAUUAGAAAUUUUUAUUUAUAUUGGAGAAAAAUUUUACAAAUAAAAAUGAAUAUUUGUAUAUAAUAAAUAAUAUUGUACGAUAUUUAUUAACUUAUAGAGUUACGAAAGUUUUAUUCGUAUUCGAAAUUCUUUUAUUAUACACUUAAUUUUAUUCUGUACUUAAGAUCAAUUAUUGUAUAUACUUAUACCUUGAUCCUCCGGAUAAUUUUCGCGGUGCUUUUAAACUUUCAAUCGAUCGUUUCACUAUCUUUAUUAUUAUCAACAAUAUAUAUACUAUUAUCGUUAUUUUUUGAAUUAUACAUAUUCCUAUAUUGUAUAUUUAUAUUUAUAGACAAUGACAAUCGUAAAUACGUACUCUACACGCUAUACAAUAUCGCGUCAUCAUCCCUAAUUGUAAAAUUUUAUACGUAAAAUGAAGGAAACUCCUCAAGAGUUUAACUUUCGAAACACUUGACUACAUAUUUUGCGUAAAUAUAAUACGGAUGAAUUACCAUACCGGUAAAAUUAAUGGAAAUGUCUGAUCGGCUGUUUAACCUGGAAUCGUGGAUGAUAAUAAUUCACCUGCAUUUACGCAAUUUCUUCAUCUUUCAAGAUUGGUCAAAUUUCCUCGCGUUUUUCAAUCAUUUACUAUGAAUCGAAUCCCGAUCGGUAAAAUGUACCCUGAAUUGCAUAAUUCCAGGCGAAUUUCCCCUGUGUUAAAUUUCCCUUCACCCAUUUCCACAAAUUCUGCCAAAAAAUUAGAGGUACCAAUAAAAAAAAUUCUUAAUGCAUCCUUUAUAUUAUAAUUUUCGAAUUAAAAAUCAAUCAUACACCCGAGUGGUAAUACUCAAAUAUUUCGAAAGUUAAUAGCGAUACAAAUUGUCAUACGACGAUGGCAUUGAAAGCAAUAUAAUUUAAUAACGAAUCUAAUAAUAUGACGAGAUUCUAUACACAUUGCAUUGUUACGAUAAAAGUAAAUAGAAAUCAUGUAAAUUUUUUAUUAGAUUGUUAUUUUUCGAUUGAAAAGUAAGAUUCAAUCUUACUUUCACACGAGUACAAUGUUUUUCAUCAUAUUUAAUUAUAUGAUAUAAUUAGGCCCUCGAGUCUUGCUGUACGAGCGUUAAUCAAAUUCUGAAAAGAACGAAAAAAAAAUUGUACAUAACGUUUGAACAAAGCAAGAACAAACUAGUGAUGAUAAUCGUUGUUUUUUUUCAAUUUUUUUUUUAUUGCACGACAAAUCGAAUCAUGUAUUUCCACGUUACAUAAAUGUUGACAUAUUCAAUCUACAUAUAUUUAUGCAUAUAUACAAUAUACACAAUAUUACAAUAGAUACAUACGUACACGUAUUUAAACAAAUGAAUAAUUGAAG